AACUAAUAGAACUACAGAUUGUCAUAUCGCAAUAUUUGACUCAAUUGCUGAGAAUUUUAAGCACAACCGUACAGUGCAACUUAUUACAAACUUUCUGUUUGAGUACACACGGGACACUAGAAAGGUGACCAUCGAACGGACAUCAAAGAUUCCUUGUUCAUUGGUAAAUUCACCCAAACAAAGAAAUAAUGUUGAUUGUGGCAUAUACGUACUUCAUUUUGCCGAAACGUUCAUGUGGAACUCUGAAACCCUCAAACGGCAAAUUAUCAGGGGCAGGACGGAUGAGAAUUCGUGGGAUCCAUACAACCUGCCUGACAAGCGCAAUUCGAUUUUGG